UUUCCAGCUCGGUCGGCUGCCGGGGCAGCAGGGCCCGCUGCGAGGAGCUCCGCGCUAGCGCCGCCGCCCUCUGCGCCCGCGCCCGGGCACUUGGGCUCAGCUCCUCGCCGGAACCCAUUGUAAGGGCGAGUAAAUCCUGUGGAAAAUGGCCUUCAGUGAUCUUACAUCGAGGACCGUGCGUCUUUAUGGUAAUUGGAUCAAAGAUGCUGAUCCAAGAGUUGAAGACUGGCUCCUCAUGUCCUCACCUCUGCCACAAACUGUCAUCCUGGGACUCUAUGUCUAUUUUGUCACAUCCCUGGGACCAAAGCUCAUGGAGAAUCGAAAGCCCUUUGAACUCAAGAAAGCGAUGAUAACGUACAAUUUUUUCAUAGUACUCUUUUCUGUGUAUAUGUGUUAUGAGUUUGUGAUGUCUGGCUGGGGUACAGGUUAUUCCUUUCGAUGUGAAAUUGUUGACUAUUCACGCUCGCCUACAGCAUUGAGGAUGGCACGCACCUGCUGGCUUUAUUACUUCUCCAAAUUUAUUGAGCUCUUAGAUACUAUCUUUUUUGUUCUGCGUAAGAAAAAUAGUCAAGUGACUUUCCUGCAUGUCUUCCAUCAUACCAUCAUGCCAUGGACCUGGUGGUUUGGAGUCAAAUUUGCCGCAGGUGGUUUGGGAACAUUCCAUGCCUUUCUAAAUACAGCUGUACAUGUAGUCAUGUAUUCCUACUAUGGACUGUGUGCAUUGGGACCAGCCUACCAGAAGUAUUUGUGGUGGAAAAAGUAUUUGACAUCAUUACAGCUUGUCCAGUUCGUUAUUGUCACUAUACACAUAGGCCAGUUCUUUUUCAUGGAGGAUUGCAAGUACCAGUUUCCAGUCUUUCUGUACAUCAUUAUGAGUUACGGGUGCAUCUUUCUGCUGCUCUUUCUCCAUUUUUGGUACCGUGCUUACACCAAAGGUCAGAGGCUACCCAAAACAGUGAAAAAUGGAAUCUGCAAAAACAAAGAUCACUGAAAUUCAAGCACAGCAUAAAUCUAUGAAUAAGACUGAUAUCUUGUCUUCCUUGACAAUCAAGAGAUAUUUCCAUGUGCAGUGCAUUUUGUAUAUUUUUCAAAACCAAGAGCUUGUAUUUUUAUGAUAAGUUAUUGGGGUUUCUGAUAUUUGAGAGCCCAAAGCUCCCAGAUACCAGUCUUCUGAUAAUUAGAGCCUAAAGCAGCCAGUUUUUCAGCUGCUUUUAAACCUAAUCUAAAGGUUUUAUUUAACACAUUUUGUUAGGUUGAAAGAAGGAUGUGAAACAGUAGAGUACUCUUCAAAGAAGUCCAGUAUAGAUGAAAAAUAUCGUUAGAUAUUUUGAGCACGGACAGAGAUCCAUGCCGUACAGUAGAUUCCUUCUGCCGGGUCUGGAAACCUUUAACUGUGGGCUCUGGCUUUGUUGCUUGUUGACUAUAUUCAGAAGACACUGUAUUUACUCUAAACUUAAAUUCGCAUUCUAAAGAGCUAAUAGGGUGAACGUUAAGUGUAUUUUUGAUCAGUUAUCAUUUAAAAUCGCUAAUGGUAAUUUUUAAUGGAUCUUUCGAGUAGCCGGCACCAGUUUUGCUUGUAAGACUUCCUCACAACGCAUUUGUGGUGUAAACUGUAUAAAAGUGACAAUCCUUUAGGGUAAUACAUUGAUGCACUUGAAACUAAGGUUAUUAUUUUGAAAACAAGGUGAUUUGUUCUGAUGGCUUAACGAACACUUUGCUAUCACCGUUUUGCAAUGAACUUUGUAUAUUUCGGGAAAGAGGUGAAUUUAUCAAUGGAAAAAAUAGUUGUCUGUGGUGUUGUAAUGUCACUUUCUCAUAUCAUGGUUUAAAGGAUUAUCUUGGUUAAAUAUAUAUUGGUUAGAUGUGUAAAUGUUCAUAUCACUGGCACACACUAAAUGAUUUUAGACCACCCAGGGAUGGGUUAAGGGUGGCUUGUGAAGCAACUGGAAGCAAAUGGUGGCACAGAGAUUAUCCAGGGAAGAUUUGGUGAUAAGGGUCUCUCUCAUAAUGAGAGAGAGCAAGAGAGAGACUGUAUAAUAGUUAUUGUUAUAGAUUCACUGCUUGGAAAAAUAUUUUCCAGAAUUAUGAAUUAAUUAACAGCCUCGAAUUCUUUUUUUCAAACUUAUAAACUAUAUAAUGAGGGACUGAAAUUCAUUUUGCAUAGCUCUCAUUUCUUUAAAAUUGCUACUUUCUAACAGCCAUAUUUUCUUGUUGGAGAACCCAAUUACUGAUCAGUAGAGUUUUGCCCAAGAAACAGCAAUAUUUGGACAUUUCUGAAUUUUUCCACAGUGUUUUUUUUUCUU